CACAUAUGAAGUAGUGUAAUGGCUUGCCUCACCAUGACUGAAAUGAGCAUGAGUACAGUUUCUGCUGUUCGCCCAAGUGGAGAUAUCAUGCUGCAUUCUGCGUCAAAGCCAUGUGAUCCAGGCUUCUACAUUUUUCUGUAUCAUUCAUUGGGAAAACCAGAUGGAGAUUAUCUUUCAAUACCUUCAGGGGAAUAUGUUGCUGAAGAGAUUUGUAUCACUGCAGCGAAAGCCUGUGGUGUGACGCCAGUCUAUUAUAGCCUGUUUGCAUUAAUGAACGAGACUGACAGAAUAUGGUAUCCUCCUAAUCAUACCUUCCUUGUGGAUGAGUCAAGCAAACAAGUAGUAAAGUUUCGAGUAAGGUUUUAUUUCCCACAAUGGUACAGCAAUGGAAACAGCAGAGCGUUUCGUUAUGGGAUCGCAAGGGGGUCUGAGAGCCCAAUUUUAGAUGACUUUGUCAUGUCUUAUUUGUUUGCUCAGUGGAGAGAUGAUUUUGUCAAUGGUUGGAUAACCGUGCCCAUUACACAUGAAACACAGGAGGAAUGCCUGGGGAUGGCCGUUCUUGACAUGAUGCGUAUAGCCAGUGAAAAGGAACAAAGUCCAAUUGCAAUUUACAAUAGUGUCAGUUACAAAAAGUUCUUGCCAAAGUGCAUUCGUGCCAAAAUUCAAGACUACCACAUAUUGACUCGCAAGAGAAUACGGUAUAGAUUUCGAAGAUUCAUUCAGCAAUUCAGUCAGUGUAAAGCUACUGCCAGAGACUUAAAACUUAAGUAUCUCAUAAAUCUUGAGAGCCUCCAGUCUGCGUUUUAUUCUGAACAAUUUGAAGUUAAGGAAGCCUUCCGAGACUCGCUAGGGGGAGAGAUUUUUGCCACAAUUGUAGUAAGUGGAAAUGAUGGAAUUCGGUACUUAAGGGGCCGAUCGAGUGACAAAGACAUAUUGGAUGAUCAGGACUUGCAAACAUACUGUGAUUUUCCUGACAUCAUUGAUGUAAGCAUUAAACAAGCUGGCAAGGACGAUUCCUCUGAGAGUCGGAUAGUAACAAUCCACAAGCAGGACAAUAAAUCUCUGGAGGUAGAAUUUUCUUCUUUAAAAGAAGCUUUGUCCUUUGUGUCACUGAUUGAUGGAUAUUACAGAUUAACGGCCGAUACACACCAUUAUCUUUGCAAAGAAGUAGUGCCUCCACAAAUACUGGAAUGCAUUCAGAGUUAUUGCCAUGGCCCUGUUUCAAUGGAAUUUGCCAUUGAAAAGCUCAAAAAAGCAGGAAGCCAGAAAGGAAUUUUCAUACUACGAUGCAGUCCUAAAGAAUUUAACAAGUACUUCCUCACAUUUGCAGUAGAGCGUUCUGGAGUACCUGAAUAUAAGCACUGCUUGAUUUCAAAAACUUCAAAUGGGGAAUACAACCUACGAGGUGCCAAGAAAAAUUUUUGCACACUCAAAGAUUUGUUAAAUUGCUACCAAAAAGAGACCGUCCGCUCAGAUGGCAUCAUUUUCCAAUUUACUCGAUGCUGCCCUCCUAAACCCAAAGAGAAAUCAAACCUGAUUAUCUUCAGGAGCAACAGAGUAUCAGAAGUCCCAUUGUCGCCUUCUUUACAUCGGCACACUAAUGUGAAUCAGAUGGUCUUUCACAAGAUCAGAAGUGAAGACUUGACUUACCUGGAAAAUCUUGGCCAGGGUACCUUUACCAAGAUAUUCCGAGGCAAACGUGAGGAGACAGGCGACUACAAUCAGGUUCAUGAAACGGAAGUUCUUCUAAAGGUUUUGGAUAAGACGCAUAGAAAUUAUUCUGAGUCUUUCUUUGAAGCAGCAAGCAUGAUGAGCCAGCUUUCAUACAGGCAUUUGAUCCUGAAUUAUGGAGUCUGUGUGUGUGGAGAUGAGAGUAUUCUAGUGCAAGAAUAUGCAAAGUUUGGGUCACUCGAUAUCUACUUGAAGAAAAAGAAAAACACAGUUAAUAUUAUGUGGAAAUUGGACGUUUCAAAACAGCUGGCAUGGGCCAUGCAUUUUCUUGAGGAGCGAAAUUUAGUGCAUGGCAAUGUUUGUUUAAAGAAUAUCCUUCUGAUCAGAGAAGAGGACCGGAAGACAGGAAAUCCUGCUUUCAUCAAGCUCAGUGAUCCAGGAAUCAGUGUUGCAGUGUUGCCAAGAGAAAUUCUUUUGGAACGUAUUCCCUGGGUUGCUCCUGAGUGUAUAGACAGUCCAAAAACUCUCACCCCCAUGGUAGACAAGUGGAGUUUUGGCACCACCUUAUGGGAAAUUUGCAGUGGUGGUGAUAAACCCCUGGGUGCACUGGAUUCUCAAAGGAAGCAGCAGUUUUAUGAAGAUAGGCACCAACUUCCAACACCAAAGUGGAUUGAGCUUGCCAAUUUAAUAAACAGCUGCAUGGACUAUGAGCCAGAUUUCCGGCCUUCGUUUCGAGCUAUUAUAAGGGAAUUAAACAGCUUGUUUACUCCAGAUUAUGAACUAUUGGCAGAAUCUGACUUGCUACCGACCUUCAGAGUCGGGGCCCUUGGCUUUUCUGGAGGCUUUGAAGACCGUGAUCCAACUCAUUUUGAGGAAAGACAUCUUAAAUUUUUGCAACAACUUGGCAAGGGUAACUUUGGAAGCGUGGAACUGUGCCGUUAUGACCCUCUACAAGACAACACUGGUGAAGUUGUAGCUGUUAAGAAGCUCCAGCAUAGCACUGAGGAAUACAUGAGGGAUUUUGAAAGAGAGAUUGAGAUUCUGAAAUCCCUUCAACAUGAGAACAUUGUCAGAUACAAGGGAGUGUGUUACAGUGCAGGUCGUAGAAAUCUUAGAUUGAUAAUGGAGUAUUUGCCAUACGGAAGUCUAAGAGACUACUUACAAAAGCACAAGGAAAGGCUGGAUUUCAAAAAACUUCUUCAGUAUUCCACACAGAUAUGCAAGGGCAUGGAAUAUCUUACAGUCAAAAGGUAUAUACACAGAGACUUGGCGACUAGAAACGUUUUGGUUGAAAAUGAAAACAGAGUGAAGAUUGGAGAUUUUGGAUUGACAAAAGUACUACCACAAGACAAAGAGUACUACAAGGUUAAAGAGCCUGGUGAAAGCCCUAUUUUCUGGUAUGCCCCAGAAAGUCUGACUGAGAGCAAGUUCUCUGUGGCUUCGGAUGUGUGGAGUUUUGGGGUUGUCCUGUAUGAGCUGUUUACAUACAGUGAAAAAAAUAAGAGCCCACCUUCGGAAUUUAUGAGGUUGAUUGGAAAUGAUAAACAGGGACAGAUGAUUGUGUUUCACUUGAUCGAGUUGCUGAAAAACAGUGGGAGACUGCCACAACCAGAGGGCUGCCCUAACGAGAUUUACCAAAUCAUGACAGAAUGCUGGAACAAUGCCAUCAAUCUGCGUCCUUCCUUUAAGGAGCUCUCCAUAACUGUUGAACGAAUUCGGGAGUCUAUGGGAGCAUGAGUGUAGCAGAAUUUGCUGCAAUAAUUCAUGUUUGGACCUUUCUGUGUUAUGGUGAACUGAACAAGCUACACUAUAUGGCAAAUCUGUGUGGUAUGUGCAGGUUGUACUAUCUUGUGCAAUGAAGAGUGCAAAUAUGGCUUGUACGGUAUAUGCAGACCCAAGUGUGCUUUGGAUCAGACAG